AUGUUUGCCGCCACGUGCAACUUGUAACAUCAUGUGCCACCAUCAUGUCAGUUCCACCUGCUCUCUUAAGGCAUCUCUUCAGUUUGUAUCUUGUUGGCAUUCACUUUCCUUCAUAUUAUCUCCUACUGUAGUUCUAUCCAGAUCCUAUUCUUCCACUAUCUUGACACUUCUCUUGACCCCCCUUUCCUAUGGAUUUGCCAACAACUUCUAAAUCUAAAAAAGUUCGGCGAGAGAAAACCCCAUGUCUCUACAAGGGCAUACGAAUGAGGGCUUGGGGUAAAUGGGUUACAGAAAUAAGAGUUCCAAAGUCUGGAGGAAGGAUAUGGUUGGGCUCUUAUGAUACUCCUGACGAGGCAGCUCGAGCCUAUGAUGCAGCUGUAUAUUGCAUUUAUGGUGAAUGUGGGAGAUUCAAUUUUCCAGAUUUCAGAAGGCCAGUGCUUCCUGCAGGCUCUACGGUUUCCUUGUCCAAGGGGGAUAUUCAGCAGAUUGCCAUGAAUUUCGCUUCAGCUAAUGUACCAGAGUCUUUGCCGGUUUCAGCUACUGUGAAAACUGAGGUACAAGCUGAUACACCCGCUUCUCCAAAUGUAUUGGUUUCUAAGGAUAUGGCAAGUGCAUAUGAGGUAAAGGUUGAUCCUCUUGCCCCGACCUAUGCAAGUGGAGCAGGUUCUGCUGAUCCACCUGAAGAUUUCCACCUUGAUGAUUUCCGUAUGCUGGAUACAGAUUGGAUAGCUGAUUUCUAUUAGGUAUUUUUGUGCAAAAUAGUAUGUGUGUAUUUGCAUUUCUAGUGUAUAUGUGUAUUUAUGUGCAUAUAUGACUUUCUAUCUGUGUAUUUGUGAGCAUAUAUUACUGUGUAUCAGUGUAUUUGUGUGCAUACAUCAAUUUGUGCGUGUAUAUCCACUUGGGUAGUCUAGGGUGAGACAAAUUGUCAAUUAUGGAUAUGACAUCUGUCAGUGGGACUCAAUUGAGGCUCUUAAAAUGAGGACUUUUUAAUCAAAUGUACGAUGAUUUGUGUGUUGAGGAAAUAAUAUUCAGUCAUCCAACCGUUGAUUUGAAAGUCCUCAUGGAGUCUUCAUUUUAAAGCUCUCCCCAUAUAUGUAAUCAUGAAAAGUGGAAACUCUUGUUGCUCCUGAGGAAAU